AUGAAACCGCCGAACCUCAGUAAAAAAGAGAUGACGAAGAUAGACCGCUACGUGUACAAGCUGGCGGCAAUCGAACUUACUAAAAAGAACCAUACAUCCCUCCCUGAAAAAGAACUUAACGAUACCGCUAUGCUGGAAUACAACGAGACAGCUAGGGUCUUCAUCGAGCAGUCUUUAACUGAUGCAAAAAGCUUUCGGAAUGAAACUCGCUGGGGGCUGUAUGGCUUUCCAUAUUGCAACUACAACGCUGGAGAAAAGAACGAGACCAGAUGUCGCGAGGACUACCGAAACUACAACAACAGGAUGAUGUACAUCUACAAUGCAAGCCAAGCGCUGUAUCCUUCAAUUUACCUCAAGAACUCCUCCACUCCAGAAUGCAACUUCCGAUACGUACAG